GCCCUCUCCUCUCCUCAGCAGCCACCGUUAAUAUAAUACAUCCAUGGCAGCCCCGGACUCUGAGCGGAGUGGACGUCCCCGAGCACAGAGGAUGAAGCGAACAACUUUCCUGCUGGUGUUUGCCGUCGUCCUGAGCUUCUCCAAGGCUCAGUCGAACUCAGGAGGCGAGGAGGCGGUCGAGGAGGAGGAGCAUGUGGAGCUGUUCACAACACCCAGCACAAAGCUCGGCGCCGCCACCUCAGACUUCGGAUACAAUCUGUUCCGGGCCUUGGCGAGCCGCGAGACUUCGGGCAACAUCUUCCUGUCCCCCAUCAGUGUGUCCGCAGUUCUGACCCAACUGUCCAUGGGAACAUCUGAGAAUGCCCAGAGGCAGCUGUACAGAGCCCUGAGGUACCACAACCUGCAGGACCCUCAGCUCCAUAACACCCUGAAGGGCCUGCUGGCCUCGGUCAGGACCCCGGGGAAAGGCCUGAGCACCGCUGCACGCCUCUACCUGGCUCGACGACUUCGUCUGAAGCAGGACUUCUUCUCGCUGGUGGAGGGGCAGUACGGAGUUCGUCCAAAAGCGCUGCUGGGAGGAUCCAAAGACUUGAAGGAAAUCAAUGACUGGGUGUCCCAGCAGACCGGCAGGAAGGUUCAGAAGUUCCUGGCGAAGCCUCUCCCACGAGCCGUUGGUGUCAACGCUGUGAGCGCCAGCUACUUUAAAGGGAAGUGGGUGACUCGCUUCGGUCAGAGUGGACUUAUGGAGGCCUUCCAGGUGGACGGCGCGGCUCCUGUCCGCAUUCCCAUGAUGCAGCAGGACAACUACCCUGUGAAGAUGGGAUCGGACUCUGACCUGAGCUGCACAAUCGCUCAGAUCCAGAUGCAGGACGACCUCAGCAUGUUCGUCUUCUUGCCCGAUGACGUCACCUCCAACAUGACCCUGCUGGAGGAGAGUCUGACUGCCGAAUUUGUUCAGGACCUCUCCAUGACGCUACUCCCUGCCAAGGUGUCCCUCACUCUGCCCAUCCUGAGGCUGAGCUUCGCCAGAGACCUGCUGCCGCUGCUCGGCGACAUCGGUCUCUCCGAGUGGCUCCAGAACCCGGAGAUGGAAAAGAUCUCUACUCAGGCCUCCAAGCUUGUCAGUGCCAAUCACAAGGUCACCAUGGAGACGGCACCAGAGGGGAACCAGUACCCUGCUGCCACAUCAACAUCGAGCCACCUGACGUACCGAGUGGACCGGCCUUUCCUCUACCUGAUCCGAGACGAGGCAUCGGGGGCGCUGCUGUUCAUCGGCAGGGUGGUCAACCCCAAAGACCUGUCAAUAUAACACACACACACACACACACACACACACACACACACACACACACACACACACACACACACACACACACACACACACACACACACACACACACACACACACACUCUUAGCGGGUCCUAGGAGGGAUGUCAGCUGUUAGCUUGCGCAAAGGCAGAUAUUUGAGUAUAUUUGAUUUUUAUUUCUUUAAUCUGACACGAUGCCGAAAACGCGAUGACGACGUUCCGACUCAAGAGAAGUUUGUUGGAGUCACGUUUUGUCAAUUGUGUUUAAAGAAAUGAAAAAUAAACAUGAAGACAAUGAAAUCAAA